GCGGAGCCCCCGACAGCCCUCCGCCCGCCCCAUGGCUUUAUAAAGCGGCUGUUCUCCCGGGGGGGGCUGGCGGGGGGGGUCUGAAAGGCUUUUCUUCGCUUGUGUGUAGAUAUAGGUAGUAGUAGUAUUAUUUUUCACCCUUUUGCCCCCCGAGUUGUCCCGAGCUGCUGGCCCGUUUUUUGUGGACCAUGGAUACGCACACGCGGUGGAAAAGGCGCAGUUGGAUACGGAGCUGGUCGGUACCCGCUGCUCUGGUGCUGCUGAGUGCCCUGUCCCUCGGUCGGGCAGCUGAACCUGCAGACCUCUUGAAGGUAUUAGAUUUUCAUAAUUUACCUGAUGGUAUAACAAAAACAACAGGGUUUUGCACAAGCAGAAGAUCUUCAAAAGAAGCAGAUGUUGCUUACAGAGUAACAAAAGAUGCUCAACUUAGUGCACCAACAAAGCAGCUGUAUCCUGCUUCCCCAUUCCCAGAGGACUUCUCCAUUCUAACCACUGUAAAAGCGAAGAAAGGAGGUCAGUCCUUCUUGAUCUCAAUUUACAAUGAGCAAGGGAUCCAGCAAAUUGGUGUGGAGAUGGGUAGAUCUCCUGUAUUCCUGUAUGAAGACCAUACAGGAAAGCCAGGCCCAGAAGACUAUCCUCUCUUUAGAGGCAUUAACCUAGCAGAUGGCAAGUGGCACAGAGUAGCUAUCAGUGUGCAGAAGAAGAAUGUCACGUUGAUUUUGGACUGUAAAAAGAAGAUAACCAAGUUUUUGGACCGAAGUGACCAUCCCAUCAUUGACGUCAAUGGCAUCAUUGUGUUUGGAACAAGGAUAUUGGAUGAGGAAGUCUUUGAGGGUGACAUCCAGCAGCUGCUGAUCGUGGCGGACCCCCGAGCAGCCCACGAUUACUGUGAACACUACAGCCCCGACUGUGACACCGCCAUCCCCGACUCCCCCCAGUCCCAGGACCCCAACCAGGAUGAAUAUUACACAGAUGGGGAGGGAGAAGGUGACACCUACUACUACGAGUACCCCUACUACGAAGACGUUGAUGAAGCUGUAAAGCCAGAAGCACCCCCCACCAAACCCAGCACUCCCGAAGUGGCUGCUGGGGAGAGGCCUGAAACCAAACAGGACUAUCCCGGCCCCACGCCGUCGCCUGAUGGAGGGGACCCCAGCAAGCAGGCAAAAGAGGAUGCUACAGUGGAUGACCCCCUGGUAGAUGAGUACAACUAUGAAACCAUUAAUGAAGAAUACUUCACACCUCUCCCUUAUGAAGAUAUCAACUACAAUGGAGAAGUAGACACCCAGGGUGGACUGACUGAAAACGCUGUGGAAGCUGAACUCCCCACGAGCACUGUCAUCACCUACAACGACACCAAUCCUGCUCAAGGAGGAGAUGACCUGGAUAAAGAUUUCACCGAGGAAACAAUAAAGGAAUAUGAUGGGAAUUACUAUGACAACUAUUACGACCGAACAGUCUCUCCUGACAUUGGCCCUGGCAUGCCUGCUAACCAGGACACCAUCUAUGAAGGGAUCGGUGGCCCCCGGGGUGAGAAAGGACAGAAGGGGGAGCCUGCGAUUAUCGAGCCGGGGAUGCUGGUGGAAGGCCCACCUGGACCAGAAGGCCCAGCAGGCCUUCCAGGACCCCCAGGACCAACUGGACCCGUGGGCUUAAUGGGUGACCCAGGGGAGAGAGGACCACCUGGUCGCCCAGGUCUUCCAGGAGCAGAUGGUUUACCAGGACCACCCGGGACAAUGCUUAUGCUGCCUUUCCGCUUUAGUGGAGGAGGAGACGCUGGCUCUAAAGGACCUCUCGUUUCAGCCCAGGAGGCCCAAGCUCAAGCCAUCCUGCAGCAGGCCAGGCUGGCACUGAGAGGACCAGCGGGUCCAAUGGGUCUGACAGGGCGGCCGGGCCCCAUGGGACCCCCAGGCAGUGGAGGACUGAAAGGAGAAGCUGGAGAAAUGGGGCCUCAGGGUCCACGAGGCAUCCAGGGUCCUCCCGGUCCAGCAGGAAAACCCGGCCGCAGGGGACGAGCUGGCAGUGACGGUGCCCGGGGGAUGCCAGGCCAGACAGGACCAAAGGGUGACCGAGGAUUUGAUGGCUUGGCUGGUUUGCCUGGUGAGAAGGGAAAUAGAGGUGAGCCAGGCCCUCAUGGACCCCCAGGGGCACCUGGAGAGGAUGGGGAGAGGGGAGAUGAUGGAGAAGUUGGACCCAGAGGACUACCUGGAGAACCUGGACCCAGAGGAUUGCUGGGACCAAAGGGGCCGCCGGGACCUCCGGGGCCACCGGGUGUGGCUGGGAUGGAUGGACAAACAGGCCCCAAGGGGAACGUGGGUCCUCAAGGUGAACCAGGUCCCCCAGGACAGCAGGGUAACCCAGGUGCUCAGGGCCUCCCAGGUCCACAAGGCGCGAUCGGUCCCCCAGGAGAGAAGGGCCCACUGGGCAAACCUGGUCUUCCUGGCAUGCCUGGUGCAGAUGGUCCUCCGGGUCAUCCUGGCAAGGAAGGUCCUCCUGGAGAGAAGGGAAGUCAGGGUCCUCCAGGUCCUCAGGGCCCCCUUGGUUAUCCAGGACCCCGUGGAGUCAAGGGAGCAGAUGGUGUUCGUGGAUUGAAAGGCACCAAAGGUGAAAAGGGUGAAGAUGGCUUCCCUGGCUUCAAAGGUGAUAUGGGCAUCAAAGGAGACCGGGGGGAAAUUGGGCCUCCUGGGCCCAGGGGUGAGGAUGGUCCUGAAGGUCCCAAAGGUCGCUCUGGCCCCAAUGGAGAUCCUGGUCCUCUUGGUCCUGCUGGAGAAAAGGGAAAACUCGGCGUGCCAGGACUGCCUGGCUACCCAGGCAGGCAGGGCCCAAAGGGCUCAAUCGGCUUCCCAGGGUUUCCAGGAGCCAAUGGAGAGAAGGGCACACGGGGGACACCUGGCAAACCAGGUCCAAGGGGGCAGCGAGGUCCAACGGGUCCAAGAGGGGAAAGAGGCCCUAGGGGAAGCACUGGGAAGCCUGGCCCAAAGGGCAACUCUGGUGGUGAUGGCCCCCCUGGUCCUCCUGGAGAAAGGGGACCACCAGGGCCUCAAGGACCAACUGGAUUUCCUGGACCAAAAGGCCCCCCUGGUCCUCCUGGGAAGGAUGGAUUGCCUGGUCACCCCGGACAGAGAGGAGAAACUGGUUUCCAAGGCAAGACUGGCCCUCCAGGACCCCCUGGUGUUGUAGGCCCUCAGGGUCCAACUGGUGAGACUGGGCCGAUGGGUGAGCGGGGACAUCCAGGCCCUCCCGGUCCCCCAGGUGAACAAGGUCUUCCUGGCCUCACUGGAAAAGAAGGGACCAAGGGGGACCCAGGUCCCGCUGGCCUCCCAGGGAAGGACGGUCCCCCAGGCUUGCGAGGCUUCCCUGGAGAGAGAGGGCUCCCUGGCCCCAUUGGUGCUCCAGGGCUGAAAGGCAACGAAGGUCCCCCAGGCCCCCCAGGUCCAGCAGGCUCUCCUGGUGAGCGUGGCCCUGCGGGAUCAGCCGGCCCCAUAGGCCUGCCAGGGCGACCUGGCCCCCAGGGACCUCCAGGGCCUGCAGGGGAAAAGGGAGCCCCAGGUGAGAAGGGUCCUCAAGGACCAGCUGGUCGGGAUGGCAUCCAAGGCCCCGUGGGACUACCAGGUCCAGCAGGUCCUGUCGGCCCUCCUGGAGAGGAUGGAGACAAGGGAGAGAUCGGGGAGCCUGGCCAGAAGGGCAGCAAGGGUGACAAAGGGGAGCAGGGUCCACCAGGUCCUACCGGCCCUCAGGGCCCGAUCGGUCAGCCUGGCCCAGCUGGUGCUGAUGGAGAGCCAGGUCCCAGAGGACAGCAAGGCCUCUUUGGUCAGAAAGGUGAUGAAGGACCCCGAGGUUUCCCUGGUCCCCCUGGCCCAGUGGGCUUGCAGGGCUUGCCUGGACCACCUGGUGAGAAGGGAGAAACGGGUGAUGUUGGGCAAAUGGGCCCACCAGGCCCACCUGGACCCAGAGGUCCAUCUGGACCCCCUGGAGCAGAUGGUCCCCAGGGUCCCUCUGGGGGAAUAGGCAAUCCUGGAGCAGUAGGAGAGAAGGGUGAACCUGGUGAAUCUGGUGAGCCUGGACUUCCUGGCGAGGUUGGCCUCCCGGGCCCUAAAGGUGAAAGAGGUGAGAAGGGUGAAGCAGGUCCCUCUGGUGCUGCUGGGCCACCUGGCCCCAAAGGGCCACCUGGCGAUGACGGUCCCAAAGGCAGCCCUGGUCCAGUUGGUUUCCCUGGUGACCCUGGUCCUCCUGGAGAACCUGGUCCAGCUGGUCAAGAUGGUCCCCCUGGUGACAAAGGUGAUGAUGGUGAACCUGGACAGACUGGUUCCCCUGGUCCCACGGGAGAGCCAGGCCCCUCAGGACCUCCAGGAAAAAGGGGCCCCCCUGGUCCAGCUGGUCCUGAAGGAAGGCAAGGAGAGAAAGGAGCCAAGGGUGAAGCUGGUUUGGAAGGACCUCCUGGGAAGACUGGCCCAAUUGGUCCCCAAGGUGCUCCAGGGAAGCCUGGCCCCGAUGGCCUUCGAGGGAUUCCUGGUCCAGUCGGUGAACAAGGUCUCCCAGGAUCUCCUGGCCCAGAUGGCCCUCCAGGACCAAUGGGCCCACCGGGUUUGCCUGGUCUGAAAGGAGACUCUGGUCCUAAAGGGGAGAAGGGUCAUCCAGGUUUAAUUGGUCUUAUUGGACCUCCAGGAGAGCAGGGAGAAAAGGGUGACAGAGGUCUCCCAGGCCCCCAAGGCUCAGCAGGACCCAAAGGAGAGCAGGGCAUUACAGGUCCUUCUGGGCCCAUCGGACCUCCAGGGCCACCAGGAUUACCGGGUCCACCUGGUCCCAAAGGUGCUAAAGGAUCAUCAGGUCCAACAGGUCCAAAAGGUGAAUCAGGUCUUCCUGGGCCUCCAGGGCCUCCUGGUCCUCCAGGAGAAGUCAUCCAGCCACUGCCCAUCCAGUCUUCCAAGAGGACCAGGAGGAACAUUGAUGCCAGCCAGCUGGUGGAUGAUGGAAAUGCUGACAACUACAUGGACUAUGCAGAUGGCAUGGAAGAAAUUUUUGGCUCUCUGAAUUCCUUGAAACUGGAAAUUGAGCAAAUGAAGCAUCCAUUGGGCACUCAGCAUAACCCAGCACGUACCUGCAAGGAUCUGCAGCUCUGUCACCCUGAUUUCCCAGAUGGUGAAUACUGGGUUGAUCCUAACCAAGGAUGUUCCAGGGACUCUUUCAAAGUUUACUGUAAUUUCACAGCUGGUGGAGAGACUUGCAUCUUCCCUGAUAAGAAAUCUGAAGGAACUAGAAUUACUUCUUGGCCAAAGGAGAACCCAGGCUCCUGGUUCAGUGAAUUCAAGCGCGGUAAACUGGUAAGAUGCAUCUUGGUGCUUUCUGUUGCCUUUAACCCCUGUCAUAUUUUACAGAGUAAAAUGGCUCGUUGGCCCAAAGAAAAGCCUUCCACAUGGUAUAGUCAAUACAAGCGGGGGUCUUUGCUCUCCUACGUGGACUCGGACGGGAACCCCAUUGGAGUGGUGCAGAUGACCUUCCUCCGACUCCUCAGCGCCUCAGCCCACCAGAACAUCACUUACAACUGCUACCAGUCCGUAGCCUGGCACGAUGCCACCACCAACAGCUAUGACAAGGCCAUUCGCUUCCUGGGCUCCAACGACGAGGAGAUGUCCUACGACAACAACCCCUACAUCCGAGCUGCGCUGGACGGCUGCGCGGCAAAGAAAGGCUAUCAGAAGACUGUCCUGGAAAUCAACACGCCCAAAGUAGAGCAGGUACCUAUAGUCGACAUCAUGUUCAAUGACUUCGGAGAAGCAUCACAGAAAUUUGGAUUCGAGGUGGGACCAGCUUGCUUCAUGGGCUGAGAGCCACCUGGAAACUAGUCUCCAAAUGAGCAACCUCGUAACCUCAUUGCGCCACGUCACUCCUUCAGAAAGCUAAAGAGAAAGGAACGAGUUCCUCGUCACAUGCACGUUCUGAACCUGGACAGCCAUGGCUUAUUGGGGUUUUUUUUCUUGGUUUUGUUGUUGGUUUGGGGUUUUGUUUUGGUUCUUUUUUUCCCCUCCCCCCUCCUCCUGGUUUUGGUUUUGUUCCUGGGUUUUUGCCCCAGUUCCCUCUCUCAGUGCCACUGCAGCCACACACGUGAGCCCAGCGCCGCAGAAUCGCGUGACCCGCCGCCCUGCUCCCACCGCUGCUGCUGCCCCCCAGCGCCCCUCAGCACCCCCAAGCUGCUGCUGCUGCUCCCAACCACGAGCACCCACCCCCCACAUUAGUGGUUUUGUCAGUUUUAAAGGGAAAAGAAACUCCCGCCUUGACGUUGAAGUCCCAGCGGUUCUGGCUCCGACCCAAAAGCCUCCCGAAGCUCAUCAGAGGCGUUUGUUGUUGAUUGCCAUGAGAUUGGGAUCAGCUCAAGCAAGCAGACAUCACCCUGGCCACUUCCAGCCUUUGUAACAUCUCCAUUGAGUUGAGGAACUCCACGUUUGCCAAAACUGAACCCCGUGAAUUUGAGAGCUACAAAAAUAAGUCACGCUGGGCAUCUGUUUCCCACGUAUUAAAGGUGCUUGUAUUGUUUGUUUUGUAUGUUUUGUAAGUAAAAUAUUUGUAUUGUAUAUUAUUUUAAAUGUUUAAAACGUUUCUGGCUUCAAAACAUGCAUGUGACCACCCUUGGCUGGAUGCAAACCACCAGCAGCCCCACCAGCUAUGCAGCCACCCAGCAACGAAGACGGCGGCGUCACGUCCCCACCGCUCCUGCCCUCUUCCCAGGCUCCCCCCAGCCCGGCUGAGGAAGGGGCUCGGGGUUGCAGCCUUUGCAGGAUGAGGAGUGGCAAAGCAGCCCCUGGAGCCACUGAUGCCUUUUGGAAGGAUUUGCUUGAAGAGAAGGAAAUCUAAGCUGCUUCCUAACGAGGUUUCUCCAGAACGCUGACCUAAAAGCAAGGCUCUGCUUUGACUUCUGCCUUUUUGACGUGCUUGCUCACCUUAAAUAUAUGUGUUAAGUUAAUGCUCUGUUUCUUUUCCUUCAGCAUUCUUGAAAAAUGAUAAUAAUUACCAAAAAAAGAGUCUCUUUGCAGUGGCAGAUUGCAGUGGCAGGGGAGCCCCGUGAGUCCUCUCUGAGCAGAAACUGUUCAUAACAGACAAAAACACACACGAAAAGAGGAGAACAAGGCAAAACAAAAAAGGUGCUUUUUAUUUUUACAUGUCUCUGUGGUGCUAUUUGAAGAACUUUAACACAACACUGGUGAUACCCUGCCACUGGCCAAUCUCCCACCAGCCUUUGCUCUUUAGCCACUUGGCCCCACUUUGGCUCCGGUCUCUGGUUAGAAACACACGGCCCCUCCUCAUCUGUGACCUCUCCUUGGUUGUGUUGCAGCAGCUCAGACAGCCCACCUAGAAACAAAACCAGUCAAAUGUGCUCACAGUGAUUUCUUUUCCUUCUCCCCCAAGAAGAUUGAUGCCUGGUGUGUGCUGGGGCUCAGCCCAGCUUGUCCUCAGCCGCUGAAUGGCUGUGGUGCUAAUCUCAGUCCCCAUCCGUGCCCGCGCUCCCGGGAGUCUGCACUUGUCUUGCUCUUCCCACGGUGACUCUGCCAGGAUGGCUUUGUUCUUGUUGUUGUUGUUGUUGUUGUCUUCUUCCAUUUUUUCCACCUGCUGACACCACCUUUUUUCACUCCCCUUUGUUCGUUUUCCCUUGGUUUUGAGCUGGGAAAUAGAUGUCGCCGGGUGUUUUGUUUCAUUAGUAUUUGGCCUGGAGUAUUAAAGCAACACUUGAGCCAAGGGGGAUCUUUCAGCAUAAAGGAAAAGACAUCACAUUUACUGUGAAGAAAAGCCUAUAUAUGAUGUCUUUUCCCCUCUCCUUCCCAAGCAGAGAGCAGCAGCAGCUGAGGAAGGGAGGCGAAGCCGUGCUGGAGGCAGCGGCGAUGCCGCGCGGUGCUUGUUGCUCUGGGAGAGCCGUGUCCAUCCAUCUCCCUUCUUCUCCUCCUUCUGUCCUCUCAGAGUUUGGGGUUGGUUUGAUUUUUUUUUUUCCACUUGGGGAAGGAAAAUAAAAAAGGUGCUACCCUCCAACCUGCAGCCUCCAGCAGCAAAGCAGUGCAAAGGAGGACGGGUACGAGCAGGAGGCUCCAGCCUCUCGGGCAGCUCAGCAAGAGCCUCGCUGAGGAGCGGUGGGAAGGUCAGGAAAGGUUGCACAUCCCUGUCUGCAACAGAAAAGCCAUAUAUUGAUGUAUGUACCCACGUGUGUGUCUGUCUAGGUCAUGUGAUUCUGUGAUCAGUUUUCAUCAAGGGAGCUUUUUUUCCUCUUAUGGUUUUUUUUUGGUGUCCUUCCUUUGCUUUAAGAAACAAACAAAACAAAAGGAAACAAACCCCCCUCCCCUCUGUUGAACCCCACAGUGUUGUAAUUUGUACUGAGCUCCAAACUGUGUCCAACUGCCCCAGACCACUUUAGCUAUGGUAUAUUGCAAUAAAAUUACUACUUGUAUUUGCAGACCUUCUUUUUGUGUAAUUUUAUUUCCCUCCUCCCUUCCCCUCCCAACCCCUUUAAUAUAUAUGAUAUGACUUGAACAAAUGUUGAUAAGAAAAAUAAAACCUAUGGAAAAAAAAAAAGAAGAAGAAGAAGUUUUAGCACAGAAAGGCCCUUUUUAAACUAUAGUGUCCAAUGACAUAUUGUACAUUUCUUCAAAGGCCAAUAAACAUGUCAUAAAAUUUCAGUGUAAUGCCCAUA